AUGACUAAAGAAGUUGAAGAAUUAAUUCGUACACCUGAAGAACACGAACGUCAAAUCAAUGAGAUCGAAAAUGCUCCUGAUGAAGAAACUAGGGAAGAACUAAAGACACGGUACGGGAUAAAAGAAAGAUGUAUACUUAAUGAAUUGAACGGUUUUGAAUACACAGAAUCCUGUCCGCCAGAUGUUACUCACGAUGAUCCCUUAGGAAUUUGCAUUGUGACGAUUCGUGCAUUUUUGAGAGAACUGUGCAUAAAUUUAGAAUUGAUUCCUGUUGAUGAGUUAAAUAAUCGAAUUAGAGAUUUUGAUUAUGGUUACUCCGAAAAAUCAGCAAAACCAUCAAAAAUUACUCGAGAACAAUUAUUAGAUAAAAGUGCAGGAUUUAAGCAAACGGCUGCGCAGAUGAUGCAGUUAACGUUCAUGCUUCCGCUGAUUGUGAUGGAUUUAGUUCAAAUGGAAUGGUUACCGAUGAGAAAUUACCUAUUGAUUCUUGAAAUUAUUCUAAUUUCGCAUGCCGACAAAAUUCCAACUUCAUCUUUAGGAUAUUUGGAUUUAAUAAUUGCGGAAUAUUUGGAAACUUUUCAAAUCACCUAUAAUGAUACACUUACUCCUAAACAACAUUUUUUGCAACAUCGUUGUAGAGAGAUUGCCAAACAUGGACCACUAAAUGAGUUUAAGACAAAUAGAAUGGAAGGCAAGCAGCAGUUCUUUAAAAGAAUAUCGCAAGACUAUAGAACUUUCAAAAAUUUAGCAUUGUUUCUUGCUCACCGACAACAUCAGUUAAAUCAAAGCGCAAUACUGACUGAUCCUAUUGAAAAUGAAGUACAAACAGGACCUUUGAAGCAAACUGAUUUGCUAAGACAACCAUUCAGAAGAUUAUUUCCUCAGGAAGAUUUCCUUACGACAACAAGUUGGGUAAAAAUAAAUGGUGUUCAAUACACUGCAUCAAAGUGCUUCAUUGCAGUCUCCUAUACGGAAAAUUUACUACAGUUCAGAGCAGUGCAAAGCAUUAUAUGGCAAAAUGAGGAACCGAUUUUUGUUUGUCAAAAAGUAAAAACUUUGGAACUCAAUUUAGCGGUAAUGGCCUACGAAAUAGAGAUGUUAAAUGAUUUUGAAAAUCAUUCAUUCGAAGAUCUUUUUUCAUACGAAGCAUUUCAUGCACACCGACGAGGAGAACAGACCUUCAUUAUAAUGAAAAAAGCCCUAGGUCCUUUAUAUUAA